AUGGCGCAACACGCAAACGUUAAUCUCUCAGUGAUUCGCCUGAUUGCGAACGGUGACGACAAUAAAUACAUCAUGAAUGGAAUGGAAAGAAUGUUAGAUGAAGAUGCAAUCACAGACUUUCGGCUUGCAACCAUAGACAACAAUGAUCGUGUUGUCUAUAAAGAAGUCGGGGUAACAGAUGGGAUUGGAACUAUCAAUGUGUUAAGGUCUAUUGAUAACUCAUAUGAUCUCAUUCUGGUAGGGAGACGGCAUAAUAAGGAUUCGCCAUUCUUAAAAGGAUCAGCGGAAUGGAUUGAGAUUUUAGAGCUUGGAUUCAUUGCAGAUAUGCUCAUUUCAACAGAUUUCAGGCGAAAGGUCUCGAUUUUGGUGGUGCAACAACAUGAUUUGGCAUCUCAAGCUGUUUCAGGAUUCAAGGAUUUACUAUUGCCGACGCCCAUCAACAGUUCUCAGUCAUGGACAUUUGGGUUCAAGAGCCGAUUAGUGAAAGCCCAAUGCAUUCAUUUGAAAAGGACUGGGUCCUGUAGAGGUAUCUUUUACAGAGAAGAUCCCUUCGAUUUCAUCGAACCAGUUUUCCUCAUGCAGCUCAUCGCUGGUUUUAUUGCAGGGCCCUCAGCUCUUAGUCGAAACCCGAUAAUCAAGAAUAAGUUGUUCCCACAACCAAGCAAAUACGUGCAAGAAACAUUGUCUAUAAUUGCCAGUAUAUUUAUCUUCUUCCUUGCUGGAGUGAGAAUGGAUAUAGGGACAAUCAAACACUCAGGAAAGAAAGAAUGGGCUAUCGGUAUCUUCUCAUUCGUCAUUCCUAUGUUAUUUUCAUUACCCACUGCCUUUUUAUUUAAAAGAAUCCUUUCCUUCAACUCUCUACUCCACGGUAGCCUCUUCAUGGUUGCAUUCCUUAUGUCCUCCACUUCCUUCAAUGUCGUGGCUAAUUUCUUAUACGAGCUCAAGCUUCUCAAUUCUGAGCUGGGCCGCCUAGCAAUGUCAUCGUCCAUGAUCAGUGUUCUGCUUAGUUGGUUUUCAUUAGAUAUUGGGAUGAUAUUCAAACAAACAAUGAUGAAUGGACAUGGAGUGAACUCGGGCCUCAUGUUGUUCUUCUCUACGGUGGCAAUGGUGUUCUUUAUGUAUUCCGUUCUACGACCUAUCAUGCUUUGGAUGAUCGAACAAACAGAGGAAGGAAGACCAUUGAAGCAGAGUUACCUCUAUUCUAUCUUCUUAAUGGUUCUAGGGUGUUGUUGGCUGAGCGAGUCAUUGGGCAAGCAUGUGGCCUUCACUGCCGCGUUUUUGGGAAUGUGUGUUCCAGGUGGUCCGCCUUUGGGUUCAGCGUUGGAAGAGAAGGUUGAAUGCUUCGUAACGGGUGUACUGUUGCCGUUCUACUUGGUUGUCAAUUUUGAAGAUGUCGAUUUGUAUCGCAUCGAUCUUAAGGCUUUCCUCGUAAUACAAUCUCUAUGCCUGAUUGCAGCCUUUGGCAAAUUCCUCGGAACCGUACUUACUUGCUCAUACUUCCACGUUCCCUUAUCAGAGUCUAUCCCUCUCGGCCUCGUCUUGUGCACUCUUGGCUUGCUUGAUCUUCAGUUUUAUAAAUCCGCACAGCUCCUUGGGUACAUUGAUAGCCCACUUUUCGGUGUGCUGAGUUUAUCAAUAAUAAUAGUGACAGGUUUCGUUGCGCCUGUAGUUAAAGUGAUUUACAAUCCAUCAAGAAAAUACAGAAGCUACAAGAAACGUACCCUUCAGCACAACAAACGUCACGACGAACUUUCAAUACUGGUUUGCGUCUACGAUCAUGAAAACGUUCCUGCCCUUAUCAACCUCCUUGAGGCCACCAACCCAAUUCGAGACCACCCCAUGGCUAUCUACCUUCUCCAACUCGUCGAGCUUGUGGGUCGUGCAGCCCCACGCCUCAUCCCUUACCAACCUGAUGAUCACAAAAUCAACGAAUCUCAACGUUCUGGCCGUGCCAUUUUCAAUGCUUUCAAAAUCUUCGAACGCAAUAAUCCAGGAGUUAACACAAUGCAAGCCUUCAUAAGCAUAGCACCCUACGCUACAAUGCAUGAUGACAUAUGUACACUCGCACUGGACAAGAGAGUUUGUUUCAUCAUCGUUCCCUUUCACAAGCACAUCGAUGAGGGGGUUGAAUCGGUGAGUCGCAGGAACAUUAACCAAAACGUCCUCAUGAUCGCACCAUGCUCCGUCGGUAUACUCAUCGAUCGUGGAACCAUGACUAGUCGUAGAUCCAUAUUACAAAGUUGGGUUUACUUUCGUGUUUUAAUGAUAUUCCUUGGUGAUGCUGAUGAUCGUGAAGCACUAUCGUUUGCAAUGCGGAUGGCGCAACACCCAAACGUUAAUCUCUCAGUGAUUCGCCUGAUUGCGACCGGUGACGACAAUAUAUACAUCAUGAAUGGAAUGGAAAGAAUGUUAGAUGAAGAUGCAAUCACAGACUUUCGGCUUGCAACCAUAGACAACAGUGAUCGUGUUGUCUAUAAAGAAGUCGGGGUAACAGAUGGGAUUGGAACUAUUAAUGUGUUAAGGUCUAUUGAUAACUCAUAUGAUCUCAUUCUGGUAGGGAGACGGCAUAAUAAGGAUUCGCCAUUCUUGAAAGGAUCAGCGGAAUGGAUUGAGAUUUUAGAGCUUGGAUUCAUUGCAGAUAUGCUCAUUUCAACAGAUUUCAAGCGAAAGGUCUCGAUUUUGGUGGUGCAACAACAUGAUUUGGCAUCUCAAGCUGUUUCAAGUAAACAUAGACUUAGCCACCUUUACAGUUGUGAAUUGCCAUGAAAAAGUUUUUGUAU